UUAACCCAUUCUUAUCAAGAAAAAGAUAUAUACGCAUAUUGACCCCGAACUUUCUUGCACAAAACAACUGUAAAAAACAGCAUCGUAUAUAAACGGGACACUUCAAUACUUUGUAUUUUAAUAGUGAAGAUAAAUCUAAUACAUGCAUCAUAUACGAUAACAUAAUGGUUAAAAUUCUUCAGUUGAGCUUCGCAGUUUUCCUUAUUUAUUUAAAUUUUGUACUGGCAUGUAACGAUUGCUCAACAAAUUGCGAAACAGAUUGUACGUCAUCGAACUGCCAACAAGACUGUAGUUCAACGAUCUGCCAACAAGAUUGUAGAUCAAGCUGCCAACAAAAUUGCAGAUCAACGAAUUGCUGUCAGACUGCCUGCUCAUCAAGAAAUUGCGUGCGUAGAUGUAAUAAUCCAUGUCCAUCACCAGUGACCAACCCACCACGCGUAAUCAUCAGUACACCUUCAGUUGAAAUAGUCACUCCUGUAUAUAUCAGGGACACCAACCGUAAAGAGGAUAGUCAUUCUAAUAGUAUAACGAACAUUAACAACGAAACAUUGGUUGCUAAUUUUAACAUAACGAAUGAAGUUAAUUUAGUAAAUAAUAUUAGUAUACCAAUAACUGUUUCAAGUAAUAACAAAGUAGAAGUAAAUAUCGUCCCCUCGAGUUCAAAUUCAACCUCAACUUCAGAUGAUAAAAUCAUAUACAUUAACAAUAGCACUUGUCCAGAUACACCUAAUCCAGAUAAACCAUGCCGAACUAUUACUGUCACAGAACGUGUACCAGUACUCAUCCCCAUUCCUUCAAAACCAAUAUACAUUCCAGUUCCAUAUCCAGUUGCCAUACCAAGAGGUCCUCAACAGCCAGGCUGUUGUGGAACAAUAACGCCAUGUUAUGAUAAUACCUGUAGACCUUUUCAACAAACUUGUGGGAGUUCUUGUACCUAUCCUUAUCAAUUCCAGCCAACGAAUCCAUGUGGGGACAUGGGUUGUUUCAAACGACCAUAUGCGCCUUCGUGGUCCUGUUCUGGCUCAAGCUAUUGCAGUUCCAUGACAGUUGAUUGUAAUUAUUGUAAUGAUAACAAUUUUUAUAUGAACUAUAAUAGUUUUCGACAAUGUGGUAAUUGUUAUUACAAAUAAGUAGGUGCAAAUUGUAAAAAUUCUAAGAGAUUGUAUUUUAAAUAAAUUAAUAAGUAUUGUUUGCUUG